AGCUAGUUCCCUCAGCAGCAGGGGAGCUUCAUUUUCUGCUCCGAGUGUUCUUGCUAAAAUGGAGGCUGGCUCCUCGCCUUAGCCCGGGCUGCCCUCUUCUCCCCCGUAUCCUGCCUCCGCUCUCUGAUGUUGGCAUGCACUAGAACCAACGGUGGGAUGGUUCUGGAUGCACCGAGCUCCAACGGGCCUUACCAGCCUGUGGCCCUCAUGCAUUUUAGAGAUGUUCCCCUUGCAGAGCAGGAGAAGCUGUUCAUCCAGAAGUUGCGGCAGUGCUGCGUCCUCUUUGACUUCAUCUCAGACCCACUGAGUGACCUGAAAUGGAAGGAGGUGAAGAGGGCGGCCAUAAGCGAGAUGGUGGAGUACAUCACCCACAACAGGAGUGUCAUCACAGAGCCCAUCUACCCAGAGGUGGUGCACAUGUUUGCUGUGAACAUGUUCAGGACGUUGCCGCCAUCAUCAAACCCCACGGGCGCCGAGUUUGACCCCGAAGAAGACGAGCCCACGCUAGAGGCUGCGUGGCCACACCUACAGCUUGUUUAUGAAUUCUUCCUACGCUUCUUAGAGUCACCUGACUUUCAACCAAACAUAGCCAAAAAGUAUAUUGACCAGAAGUUUGUAAUGCAGCUCUUAGACCUGUUUGACAGUGAAGACCCCAGGGAAAGAGACUUUUUAAAGACUACUCUUCAUCGCAUCUAUGGCAAGUUCCUGGGCCUGCGAGCAUACAUUAGGAAACACAUUAAUAACAUAUUUUAUAGGUUCAUUUAUGAGACUGAACAUCAUAAUGGAAUAGCAGAAUUACUGGAGAUAUUAGGCAGCAUAAUCAAUGGCUUUGCAUUACCGUUGAAAGAAGAGCACAAGAUAUUCCUGCUGAAAGUCCUGCUGCCUACACAGUCCACACUCGACAAGUCAAGGCACGGACCCGAUCUAAGGUCUCAAGCCUGCAACACGACCGGAGACACACCCGGACCCCCAGGGGACGACGACGACGACGACGACGAACGGACGACGACGGACGACGACGACGGACGACCAAUUGUGGUCUCCACGCUCUCCCUCCUCAACAGCUCUCGUCUUUUCGAGCGAGGCUCACCUGAAAGGUGUGUUAGCUGCGCCGUGGUAGGAAACGGAGGAAUUCUGCGAGGGUCCCAACAGGGCAGGAACAUCGACAGCCAUGACUUUGUCUUCAGGGGCUCCUGA